GAGAACCGGGCGGCACCUCCCAUCGCCUGUAUGGCAGAGCCGUUAUCAGGGACCCGUUUACUACCGGGCCGCCUUCCCUCGGGGCACAGCCGGCCUUGGGGCAGGAACCUCCGGGUCCAGGGAGCUCCGAGGCCGCCUGGCGAGGAGGCGGAGGCCGGGGAGGCGCCGUGGGCCGGCCGGGCGCGGCCUCCUCCCGCCCUCGGCUUCUUCAGCCCCGCGGCGGCUCGGCGGCGGCAGCCAUGGGGGCGGCGGAGGCUCGACGGCGGCGCUGGGGGGUGCCGGUGCUGCUGGUGGCCUAUGUAGGCUACGUGGGGCUGGGGGCCGGCGUACUGCAGGCCCUGGAGAGGCCGGCCGAGGUGCAGGCGGCCCGGCGGCUCCUCCAGCAGCACUGGGAGCUGCUCGCUAACCACACCUGCCUGCGGGGGCCCGCCCUGCAGCGCCUCAUCCAGGGUAUCAUCGAGGCCUACAAGAGCGGUGUAACCCUCCAGGGAAACACCACCAGCCUGGGCAGAUGGGACUUCAGCGGGUCUUUCUUCUUCUCCAUCUCUGCAAUAACCACCAUUGGCUAUGGGAACCUAAGCCCCAGCACUGUGGCUGGCCGAAUCUUCUGCAUCUUGUUUGCGCUGUUUGGGAUCCCCUUGAACCUUGUCCUCCUGAAUGAAAUCGGGCAGGUGAUGUUGUUGGGGGUUCAGCGCUGUGCCCAUCGCCUGGAGGAGAUGUUUCACUGGAAGAUAAAAGCUGCCCUGCUGAUGAAGACCUGUGCACUAGUAUCUGGGUUGUUAUUGUUCCUCCUGCUACCUCCGUUGUUGUUCUCUGACAAAGAAGGCUGGACUUAUGAAGAGGGUUUCUACUAUUCCUUCAUUACUCUCAGCACUAUUGGGUUUGGAGAUUAUGUGAUUGGGAUGAACCCAGACCGCACCUAUCCAGCCUGGUACAAGAAUGUAAUCUCUCUUUGGAUCCUCUUUGGGAUGGCCUGGCUAGCACUGGUUAUCAAAUUUUGCAUCAACUUACUGGAGAGCUCCAGUGACUUCUGUCAGUGUAACAAGAAGAGUACAGAGUUGGCCGAAGACUUAAUGGAUGAUGGCAAAAACAGUAUGACAGGACUUCAUGAUGUAGAGAGCUGCAAUGAGAAAGACACAGAAACAAAAGGACCAGAUGAAUGUCACAUCCACACAGCUCCUGCAGAAGCACUUUAGAGAAGAAGCAUACUAUUGGUGUCUCUUAUAUUUCAGUGCACCAGAGAUCACUGCUUAGAAAUGUGGGAAUGGAGCUGACCUGAUGUUCACACGGGGAUGUAAACCUGUUUGUUGAGUCUGAAAUGCUUCUAUUCUGAAUUGAACAAUGGUAACAAAAUAUUUCUUUUACAGCACCACCAAGACAGGUGGUAAUAGCACAGGACUGUUAACCAAAAGUAGGUUUACAUAGAUAACACCUACCCUCCCAUCUCAAUAUAUGAGGUAAAUUUUGACAUCUGUACCCAGCACUACCCCUUGUCCUUUUCUUUGUGUGCAAAGUUCUUGAAGCCUCCAAUUGUAUGUAGGGCAUUUUGCAAAUACCUCAACUAGAAAAGGAAGUGUCAUUUAAUACAGGAAGGAAAUGUUAUGUUGCCAAAAGGCACAGUGAAGAAUCUUAUUUUAAAGAACCUGGCAGUGACUGCAAGUGUGCUUCAUCACCUAUGUGCUUGUGCUUGCCAAAGGUGGUAAUGUGUUUCUGCUGCCUGAUCAUUAGUAGGUGAAUGGCAAUGAGGCAGAGCAUGUAGAAGUGCCUAAUAGUAAUUGAAUGUUCAGUUUUCUUAGGGAAAUUUCUACAUCAAAGGUCCAUUAACAAGAGGGUAGGUAGUUAGGGUAUUCUUUACCGCAGAAUUUUUGCAGGAUUGUCCUUUGUGAAGUAUUGUGCAGACCAAAUGUUAUGAGCUAAAUGUGACAGCUUAUUUGGAUGCAUUUAUUCUUUUUCUUGUAUUGGAAACCAGGAAAGGAGGACUAGAGGUAGUUCUAAGUGCCCGUGUUUCCAGGUUUAUCCUGUGGCCAAUGUUAGCAAGGGCAACUUUAAUCUAGAAACAGACUGAAGCACCUUUAACAUUGAUCAAGAGAUUAAAAGAACCAACAAGUCUAACUCCUGCUGCUGUGUAUAUACCCAUAUCUGUUCUUGUUUUCUUAUCCCUGUUGUGCUACUUGCAUCCUAGAGCAUUAACCUUGAAAAUUUGACCAUAGCAAUAAACCAGAAGGUUUUGGGUGAGAACCCAAGAAACCAGAAGUAUUUGGGGUGAGCCUUAAGCUUCUGCAUUGGACUUACAUUCCACACAGAGAGAAAAAAAGUGGGUAGAAAGCACAGCCUGUUGGGGUAUAGGGCUCAAGACUUAGAAAUAUACAUAUCUGGAUUCCCAGCAAUGCAGCGAAUGAAAAGUUUGCAGUCUUUCAGAAGACAAGUUCUGGAACGUAUAUCAUGAAAAAAAUAGUUCCAUGAGUAGGCCAGUCUGAGUGUCGGUAUGUGGUAGAACCGAUUAUAGAAGAAAAUGCAGGAAAGGAAUCUGCUAGAUCAAAUUUGGUCUGUCAGCCUUUUCGUCAUCAGCCUUUUGCUGACUCUGUAAUGAUAAAUGCUCUCUCAAGUACUGUUUCAAUAGGCAGCAGAGAUACAAAAGGGAGGUAGUGGAAAUCUCAGAUUGUAGUUGGAAAAUCAAUGCAAAAUAAAUACAACUGAAUUUUUUUGAACAUUGGGUAAUUCAUUAACAGCCUUCUGUGUGAUCUUUUUGGUUUCUCCUGUGUUUUGUCUUGUUUACUUUCAGUGACAGAUACACAAUGUAUUUUUUAUUAAGUUCAUAAUGGGCUGGCCCACAGUAAGGCCAAAGUGUAUUUUUUAAACGUAAGUGAAUCAAGAUCACACAGCAUAAAAUAUGAUGCCCUUUUAUACAUAUCUUUUGCACCUUCUUCCAGGUGCAAAACUCAGCAAAUAAAUUUGUGUCAUAAAAUCCGGAUGCCUAGAACGUGGUAGGAGUUUCUACUGUCAAACAAUGGGAAUGACUGUGCUAAAUCUAUUUCAAGUUUAAUUUGAAAUGUCACAGGCUCUGGGGAUUUCUACCAAUUCUGCUCUUCUGUAAGAAGGCUUGGCUUGAAAAGAGUAUCUUCUCUUCAAUUUGAACGUCUGUUAUAUUAAUCUGAUCUGCUUCAACACUCUCAUGUAUUUGUAGUUUGGGGGUGAGGUAUUCACAAGUUCUUUAGAGAUUUACGCACUCCGGUCCCACCGAAGUGCAAACAGUUGCCUUAGGACAGCUAACAAUUCUGAGAGCUGGAAGGAAGAGGAACUCUAGGAGUAGUCCC